UAAUCUUUAAAAAAAAGAAAAAACAUUUCGUUAAAAUAAACCCCUACAAUUGAAAAUGGCGGUUAAAAUCUCGAGGUAACGAUUUAGAAAUAUAAAAGAAGAUGGCGGACCGAUAUAUCGAAGCGGGAGUUAAGUUUAAUCGAGAAUCGUAUUGAGUCGAUCUCAGGUCAGUCGAUCGUAGAUCGUUGUGCGUGUGUGAUGUAUAUUACCGCGUAAGGAACAACUUUAUUUACCAAUUUAGUGUGCCGAUGUGCGGUUAAAAGCGUUAAAUGUUUGUGAAAAAUGUCGAAUCCCGGCGGUAGCAGGAGGAACGGGGCCAUGAAGAUUCGUUUGACGAUUUUAUGUGCCCGUAAUCUUGCUAGAAAAGAUUUAUUUCGCCUGCCUGAUCCCUUUGCUAAAAUAACUGUUGAUGGUUCUGGUCAGUGUCACAGUACAGAUACGUGCAAGGCUACUUUAGCUCCAAAAUGGAAUCAACAUUAUGAUUUAUAUAUUGGGAAAAAUGAUGGCAUUACGAUAUCAGUGUGGAAUCAUAGAAAAAUCCAUAAGAAACAAGGUGGCGGCUUUUUAGGAUGUGUGCGUAUAUUAUCAAACACAAUACAAAGAUUGAAAGAUACUGGAUAUCAACGUUUAGACCUUUGUAAAGCUCAUUCCGAAGAUACAGAUGUUGUCAAAGGACAAAUAGUUGUAUCUUUGUUAUCUAGAGAUGGACAUAAUGGUGCUGUGAGUAACACGGUUGGCCAUAAUGCUGUAGUUGACGUUCUUGGUGAUUUAAGUUGUCCAACUGACCUACCAGAUGGAUGGGAAGAAAGAAGAACUCAAAGUGGACGAUUAUAUUAUAUUAAUCAUUAUACCAGAACAACACAAUGGAUACGUCCAAAUAAUCGGCCUAGCAAUGCUAUUAUACCGACCACUCCAGAACCACCACCAUUACCUAAUUCAGAGCCUACUUCUCCCAGUGGCAGUGGCAGUCCACCAAAUGUGAGAACAGACAGCCCUACUGUUUUACAAAGCACACCAGAAUGGAAUGGAGAAGGAACGUCUAGCAGAACUCCGAGCAGAGAUAGUUCAGCUCAAAAUACUCCUAGAAAUACACCAACGCAACAACAAAAUAGGAGUCAACAAAGUCAACAGCAUAUGAGAAAUACUCCCCCAUCGUCUGCAAUAAGAGAUCGACGACCUGUAAGAAGCAGCGAUGAACAAAAUGGAAAUCAAAAUAGUCGUAUAGAGCGUUCUAACAAUGGUCAACCACGAAGGCCUAAUCGAAGCAACAGAAAUAGGAAUAAUGCAGUGCUCAGUGCUGAAAGAAGAAACGAAUCUCUUCAACCUAUGGAUUUACCCCGAGGAUAUGAAAUGAGGAAAACUCAACAAGGACAAGUAUAUUUUUAUCAUGUUCCAACUGGAACAUCUACGUGGCAUGAUCCCCGAAUACCACGUGAUUUACCAGCCAAUGAGUUAACAACCGAACUUGGGCCAUUACCCAGUGGAUGGGAAAUGAGACAGACUCAAAGCGGGCGUGUAUAUUUUGUAGAUCAUAACAACAGAACAACACAGUUUACUGAUCCUCGGCUCUCUAGCCAAAUCAUAAGUAAUCUAUUGAAGAGGCAGAACAACAGCACAAAUAAUCAAGUUUCUGGAAAUCCUAAUAAUUCACCUGCAGCAACUAAUGAACCAGUAACAGUAGAUACUCCUGUAUCAUCUAUACCACCUCAAAUUUCCACUAAUCAACAAAGGCCAAGAAUUGAAAAUGGAAGCAAUAAUAAUUCACCGACAUUGGAAACCUCAACACCGCCAACGCAAACUGUAUCAGAUUUGCCAAAAGAACUUAUGGAGAGUGAACUUCUUCCAAAAUAUAAGCGGGAUUUAGUAGCUAAAUUAAAAUGUCUAAGGGCAGAAUUAAAUGCACUUCAACCACAAAGUGGACACUGUAGAUUGGAAGUAUCAAGAAAUGAAAUAUUUGAAGAAUCUUACAGGCUGAUUAUGAAAAUGCGUCCAAAAGAUAUGCGUAAAAGACUUAUGGUUAAAUUUAGAGGAGAAGAAGGUCUCGAUUAUGGUGGGGUAGCACGAGAAUGGCUUUAUUUGUUAUCGCAUGAAAUGUUAAAUCCACAAUAUGGACUGUUUCAAUAUUCAAGAGAUGACAAUUACACAUUACAAAUAAAUCCAGAUUCAGGGAUAAAUCCAGAACAUUUAUCAUAUUUUCAUUUUGCUGGCAGAAUUAUAGGAAUAGCAGUUUUUCAUGGGCAUCAUAUAGAUGGUGGUUUCACCACCCCAUUCUAUAAAAUGCUACUCAAUAAAGCAAUUACUCUUAGUGAUAUAGAAGGUGUUGAUCCUGAGUUGCACAGAAGUCUUACAUGGAUGUUAGAAAAUAGCAUAGAUGGUGUUUUGGAUGCCACAUUUUCUGUGGAACAUAGUAGUUUUGGGGUCUUGAAAAAUCACGAAUUAAAACCCGGUGGAAAAGAUAUACAAGUAACAGAAGAAAACAAAAAGGAAUAUGUCCGGUUAUAUGUUAAUUAUCGAUUUAUGCGUGGAAUCGAACAACAAUUUUUAGCAUUACAAAAAGGUUUUCAUGAGUUGAUUCCCCCAUCAUUAUUAAGACCAUUCGACGAACGUGAAUUGGAAUUAGUUAUCGGAGGUUUAGGUACUAUCGACAUAAAUGAUUGGAAAAUGCAUACAAGAUUAAAGCAUUGUACACCCGAUACACCUGUAGUCAAAUGGUUCUGGCAAAUAGUUGAAUCGUAUGGAGAAGAAAUGAGAGCAAGAUUACUUCAAUUUGUUACUGGUAGCUCGAGAGUCCCAUUACAAGGAUUCAAAGCUUUACAAGGCUCAACAGGAGCUUCAGGUCCACGUCUUUUCACAAUUCAUGCUGUAGAUGCACCUAGUGAAAAUUUGCCAAAAGCACAUACUUGUUUUAACAGGAUAGAUAUUCCACAAAGUUAUCCGUGUUAUCAGAAAAUGUUGGAUAAACUUACACAAGCUGUUGAAGAGACUUGUGGAUUUGCUGUUGAAUAAUAAGGAUUGAUUAUAAGUUUGCAGAUUUCUUAUACUGACAGAAUUAUCUCCAACAUACCCCAUCACUGCCCAAUACAUACAUAUAUUUGUGUCUAAGGCUUUGUUUUCAUUAUAAAUGCACAAAUAAGAUGAUGUUGGAGUAUUCCUAACACUUUUUUUUAUUACAAACAUGGACUGAAAUUACAAUACUUUUUAUUUAAAAAAAAUUGAUUAGACAUAACAAUGAGUUCAUGCAUGUAGUAGUAUGUAACUGCCUCUAAAAGUUUCUGAUAUAUUUAAUCAGAUAAGUAUAAACGAAACUAUAAUAGAAUGCAGGUGUCAAUUAAUCCCUAUAAUCAUAUAUUUUUGGAAUAGCACAAAAUUAAAAAUGUACAGUCAGAUAAAUAAUAGUUAUUGUAAAAAAAAUUGUUCUAAUGAAUAUAAUUAAUAUAAUAUUAGAUAUAGUAACAGUGAUGGGAAACUAGUAUUUGAAUUGUAUUAUUUAUAGUGGUCCAUGGUGUCUAUGGGAAAUAUGAAUAGAAUUUGUAUAUAUGUAUCAGUAUAAUUAUGAGGGCAGUUAUGAAGUAUUUCUGUCAUACGUAAUUACCAGCAGAGAAAAACAUUUUAGUUUAAUAAUAACACCUAAAAAAAUGAAAUAUAUAUAACAAUGUACUUUGCAAGUGCAUUCAAAAUUUUAGUAUAAAAAUUAUAAAUUUAAAGAUUAAAAGUAUGUUUUCGUAUAAAAAUUCUGAAGUAUAACAUAAUAUUUUUAUUAAUAAUCAUAAGUAUAUACAUAAAAUAGAUCAUUCAUUUUUUAAACCAAGAUAUUUUCUCUCUGGAUUUUUCUGCAAUAUAACACUUAUGUUGAAAAAUUGCAUGAUGCAAUUGAUAAGAGUUGUUAUUGCUGUGCAAAUUAUGACAUAAAUAUUAUUAUUAUUAUUAUUAUUAUUAUUAUUGCUUGUUCAAAGGUGGUUAGUACCAAACGAUAUAACAGGUUGUACAUAAUUUAGUAAAGCUUAAUAUAAAAAUAAUAUAAUAGCGCAUAAUGUCUUAAUCAGAUAACUGAUAAGACAUAAAAUUCGUUUAUUCUAGCAUACAUUGUGUACACUAGCUUUAAUUUAAAAUUUAACAUUUAAGAAAAUAGUAAAUUCAUAGAAACAUCAAACAUGUGCAUCUACUAUUAUGUGCUUGUAUUGACUCUUUCGCUUGUAAUCGCACACACGCCUGUAUCUUAUAUUGAGACAAUGGGGUAGGAUAUUAUAGAGUAACCUUUUAUUUAUCAUGCAAACCCUUUGUCUAGGUCCUAAUAUUCAACUCAAAUAUUGUAAAGAUAUUUAGUAUCCAAUAGCACUAAUAUAUAUAUAAUCAUUUUGUAUUAUUAUAUUAUUAUGUUCUAAUAUUAUGUGCACAUAACUGUGAUCAAACAUAUCAUAAAAUGAGAUUGAAUAAUGAAUGGAAUAUUUAAAAAAAAAAAAAAAAAAGAAGAAGAUGAAAAGAAAGAAAGAUAUUUUACCAUAUUUUACUAUGGAAAAUUGGCUGAUUGAUUUUGGUUUUAUAAGUUUUUUUUAUAUAAAUAUUUCACUAAUUUUAUUCAAAAAUGAAACGAAGGCAUAUAUGUUUCAUUGAAAUUAAAAUAAAUUAUUGUAUGUUAUUAACAUUUCUGCAAUAGAAAAAUAUCCAAUGUUCAUAUUUAAGUUUUAGCUAAGUUUACAAAGUAUUGUUAACAUUCCAAAAUUACUGCCUUUGUAUUGUACUUGCAUACAAGUAAUAAUGGGCGUGGAAUGCUAGUAACACUUUAUAAGAUUGGCUAAGAGACAUGAUCAGAAAUUAAUAUUUGCCAAUUUGAUUAUUGUGAAAAUGUAGUUAUUGUUAUUCGCAUUGAAUUUUUAUAUAAGGAUAGUCACAAAGUUUUAUAUAUCCAAUUUUGGUAUUUAUUCUAACAAAAGAAUAAGUUAAUGUUGCAAUUCGUAGUAAGCAAAAUUAUAAAUAAAGAAAUUAUUUUUAAAUUAACAUAAUACAUUUAAAAGAAACAAAAUUGUAUAAUUCGUUGCAAAAAUUGAUUUUUUGCAACUUUCAAAUUGAUAUAGUAUUAUUCAUAAUUAGAUAUAAAAUAUGACUAAAGCAGUAAACGGACAACAGAAGGAUAUUAAAGAAAUAUAAUCAUAUUUAUACAUUGUUGCACAUAAUGAUUUUUAUUUUCUUUAGAAAGAAAAGGGUACUAAAUUUUUAGUUAUAUGCUCUACUUACUAUUAAAAUUGUAUUUUUUUUCUUAUAUGUGAUAAUGGAAGAAUUUUAUUUAAAACAAAUCUUUUUUUUUUUAUUUAGAUGAGAAGUAGGCCUUAAUAGUGCCUUGCAUAUAGUUACUGCUUAUGAGAAUUCUAUAGUGUCAAUAUAUUUUUACGAAAAGGAAGUGAUGCAUUUGACCUUCAAAUUCAAAUAUGAAUUUUAUUGAAUAUAAUGCUUGAUUUAUAACAUAUCAAGAUCUCUUUAUAAAUAUUAUAUAAAUCUUUGCAGAGUUUAUUAUAUGAUUUUCUAAUUAAUAUAAUAUAUACAUAUUAUAACCGGGAUAAAGAUACAAAUAGUUAAAGAAGUAUUUUAAAAAAGAGAUAUGUAUAACGCAACAAAAAAAAUUAAAUUUUGAUUGCUGUUAUGUCAAAAUGUACAAUACCAGAAUCACACAUACACACACACACAUAUAUAUACAUGAAAAUAUUUUGAAAUAUUUAAAAAAAUAAUCUCUUAGACAAAAGAAAAAUAUUUAGAUAAAUUUACUUACAUGAUUUUACGAAAUCUCGGCAAGUAAAUAGGUAAACUGGUAUUGUUCGUGUAAAAAAAAAUAUAUAUAUUACAUGAUUGUUAAAUGCUUUUAGAAAAAUAAAAAUGAUAGAUUUAUGAAAACUUAAUAAACAUCAUGUUUCGAAUAAAGUUUAAGGCGUUUAACAAAAUCCAGAAAAUAAGACAAUAUUCUUAAGAAAGAUACAAUAUAUGACAUAUUGAUAAAAAUUAUUUUAUCUAAUACUUGUUGUUAAGCUUUAACUUCCUAAAUAAAAAAAAAAAAGAAUGCAACAAAAUAAUCAUUGAAAUCUAUCCAUAAAUAUGUAAAUGCAGUAAAUACAUGUAUUAUCGAUAUUUUGAAAUACAAUAACGAACAUUUUUCAUCUAGAAUAAUACAAAUCACGAAUUAUUAAUUGCGCUAUCAUAGUUUCUAUUAUCAAUCCUAUGUAAUGAUUUAUUUAUUAUAUAUUUCAUUCUCAAUAGUUCUCGAAUAUACAUGCUUUCUUAUUUCCAACAUUGUUCGUUUACGAUAGCUGAGUCAAUCCGUAAAAUUCAUGUGGUAUCAAUUGUCAUUUCUUAGUCCGUCAAUGGUUCGACUAAAAAGAAGAAUGGUUAAAAGGCCAAUUGUAUUAGAGAGAGAAUAUAUAGUACUGUUAAUAAAUUAGGAAUCGUUUAACAUGGAAAACGAUUUCAUAUUAGAGUAUAUCAAACUCAAUCCAUCGAUCUGCCGCUGUUCAUUGAUAUAGUAUAUAUAUUAAUGAAACAGUAACAUAUUGUUAUUAAACGAUUAUAUCUCUUACUAUUAUUGCUAAUAUUGGCAUUGUUACUAGUAUCAUUCUUAUGUAUAACGUUCGACGGACAACUGUAAAUACAUCUUUUCCUUUUGUAUUUUGGAUGAAAUGUAUAUUUUAAUAAAAUGUCCAAAGGUACGAAUUCU